GUUUGAGACUAGCCUCAGCUAUCAAGUUCUUGCUAUGUAGUUGAGGCAGGCCUUGAACUUUUGUAGUCCAAGCUGACCUUCAACACAGAGCAAUCCAGUGUGGCCUCAACCUCUGAGUGCUGAGAUUGCAGAAAGAAAAAAAUGUCUCAAAAGCAGAUGAAAGAAGCUUUCAUCAGUAACCUCAAUGGAACGAGCGUGCUGGAAAUCACCCAGGGCUUGUGCUUACCUGCAUUCUGUAUCUUGUGCAGGGGGCUCCUGAUCAUUUCCUUACAGCACUUGUGGUCUUUUUCCUAUACCUGGAGAACUCAAUUCUUCAUUGACUUUGUUGUCCUAGUAGUUCCCCUUAUGAUUGCUUUGACUAUUCUGUCUUCAUUUGUCUUUCUUGAACUUCUCAUCAUAAUUAUCUGUGGAGCAGGGCUGUUGUAUCAAAUAUACCAAAAGAGAACUUGCUAUGCUAGACUGCCUGUCCAGAAAAUCCUUGAAAAAUUCUUGCAAGUCAGUCUAGAAUCAGAAUACAAUCCAACCAUCUCUUGUUACCGAGUAUCUAACAGUGUAUUUGUUGCUAUUGCCAUUUUGGCUGUGGACUUCCCACUUUUCCCCAGAAGAUUUGCCAAAACCGAGCUCUAUGGGACAGGGGCAAUGGAUUUUGGAGUAGGCGGCUUGGUUUUUGGGAGUGCAAUGGUUUGUCCAGAGAUCAGAAGAAAAUAUAUGGAGGGAUCUGGAUUUUAUCAUCUUCUAAAAUCACUGUACUCUGUUUGGCCAUUAAUCAUACUAGGAGUAGGACGAUUAGUUGCUAUAAAAUCCAUAGACUAUCAGGAACAUUUAACUGAGUAUGGAGUACACUGGAACUUUUUCUUUACCGUAAUUUUUGUAAAACUAGUAACAACAAUGCUUUUUAUUGUUUUCCCCCUAAAUAAAUCCUGGAUUGUGGCCAUCAGUAUUACUGUGUUAUACCAGCUAACUCUUGAUUUAACCCCACUGAAGAGGUUGAUUUUGUAUGGCACUGAUGGUAGUGGUACAAGAGUUGGUUUAUUAAAUGCUAACCGAGAAGGAAUAAUCUCUACUUUGGGGUAUGUGGCAAUUCACAUGGCUGGUGUACAAACAGGAUUGUAUGUGUUUAGGAACAGAACACAUAUCAAAGACUGGAUAAAAGUAGCAUGUUGUCUUCUACUAGUAAGUAUUAGCCUGUUCAUAUCUCUUUACAUGGUUCAAGUAAAGGUAGAAGCAGUAUCUCGAAGAAUGGCCAAUUUAGCCUUUUGUAUGUGGAUAGUUGCUUCUAGCCUCAUCUUUCUAAGUUGUUUAUUACUGACUGAUAUAAUUUUGAGUUUUGCCAAAUUUCUGAUUAAAGGGGCUCUAGUACCAUGUUCUUGGAAACUUAUCCAGUCACCUAGUUCAAAUAAAAAGCAUUCUGAACUUCUAGUCCUCAAAGCUGAAAGAAAGGAAUCCAGUCCUUGUUUAAUUACAGCUCUGAAUAGAAACCAGUUGAUAUUUUUCUUGCUGUCAAAUGUAACAACUGGCCUGAUCAACCUAAUGAUAGAUACAUUACACAGCAGUACCUUGUGGGCAUUCUUUUUGCUUUAUAUCUAUAUGUUUACCAAUUGUUUAAUUAUAUAUGUACUUUAUUUGCAAGGUAAAACUGUGAAGCUUUGGUGAUGAAUACGGGUAGGGCAUAUUUAUAUUUGAGCAACAUAUUAAUGGAGAACGUGAGAACAGUGGGCUUUCAAAAACCAAGUCUUGACAUACUCUUGUCAUAAAAAUAAAAUUCCAGGCAGGGUGCUGCAUGCUUAUAGUCCCAGCACUUGGUAGGCUGAGGCAGGGGAUCAU